UAGCGCCCUCUACAGCCAUUAUACUACAACAGGUUAAAUGCGAGAAUUCCAUUUUUUUCGCUUCGUCCAACCGUGUUCGCCGUCCUUCCUCCAAUGUAAACUGUUGCUCGUCUUUCUAUGUUUCCGUAAUUUUCGUUUCGUUUCUAAUUGCGUGUACCUAUAAAAUUCGGUGUUCGUUCAAUACGGAAAAUACGGUGUGGAAGUUCGGCAGUGUGGCAGUGCAGCAGACUACAGUGCGGCGGACACAAGACUUGCACAACUUACUCGUUUUUUGACCUUUCAACGCGCUGUGUGGUUAGGUUAUCAAAUCCUGAACAAUUGUUGAAUAUAAAGCCAUGGAGAGAUCGAUAAGUGAUAUUGUUGCUCUAAGCCCUAAACAUAUUGCAUAUAUUCAUGUGUUGAUGAACGAAUUGAAAUCUAAUGAAGUACGAAUGAUUUUAGAAGAUAUUAACCAAAACAAACUUGAUCCCAAUCAUAAUGUAAAAAAGCUGAUUUUAGACCUGUUUAAAGGUCCUCGUACAACAUUAGUGCAAGAGUUGGAACAACGAGUUCUACACAUCCAUUUAUCAAAACAAAGAGAUAUGCAACAACCACAGAAGGGACGGGUUAAAAAAAUAAAGAAUCUUUUACAAAAGUAUCGACAUAAUUCUAUACUUUCUAUUGAAAAUACAAAACAAACCAUACAUUUUGCACAUAAUCUACCAUUCUUUAGAACAAUACAUUCAUUAACAGAUCCUAUUCACUGUGAGGGUAAUAAUAUUAGUACUUUCAACCUAACCAAGCUUCAUGGUAAAAUAAAAAAUAUUCCAAAUUAUAUUGGGAAAUCAUGGGAUUCUGAAAGAAACGAAUAUAAAAUUCAAAUAAUUUUAAGAUUGGAACAAGUUGGAAGCACAACAAUUGUUAAUGGACGUUUACCUUCUAAUAUUAAUAUUUCUGUAAAUAAUUAUGAUUGUAAGUUACCUAAGUUAAUCUUUCCAGAAACUGGCGACCCCACUCCAUGGAGAUUGAAUGUUCCUAUAGAUAUAACUAAACAAAUCCAUUUAAAAAAAAAGAAACAAAACACAUUAAAAAUCACAUGGUCAAAUGAUCCACAUACUUAUGUAGCUGGUGUUUUUUUAACCGAAAAAUUAACAUCCGAAGAUCUGCUUAAAGAGAUUAAAAAAAGAUAUUUACGUAGAUUUGAUGUAACUAAAAAAUUCAUUAAAAAUUCCCUAAGAAAUAAUGAUGAUAUGAGUGUAGACUCCAUCACUGUUACUCUUAAAGAUCCAGUAAGUACACAAAGAAUGAAAGUGCCGGCAAGAGGUAAAGAAUGUAAACAUUUGCAGUGUUUUGAUGCAAAAAAAUUCUUACAGAUGAAUGAACAAAAGCAAACAUGGGAAUGCCCAAUAUGUAAGGAACAAGUCAAAUAUGAAAACAUAGAAAUUGAUGAAUUUUUUUAUAGAAUACUUCAAAGUUCAAAAUUAAAUGAAGAAAGUGAAAAUAUUAUUUUACUUAAUGAUGGCACAUGGACUGUGAAUAAACCUAUACAUACAUCUUUAAAUAACAAAGAAAUAAUAUGGAUAGAUUCUGAUGAAGAUGAUAUCCAUGAAAAUGUUGACAAUGAAGAGAUAGAACCAAAAUCUAAACGUUUUAAAUAUAAUCCACCAGAAGAAAAAAAACCUAAACAUAUUGCAGAGACUGUAGAGGUUAUAAAAACAAAUGUUAACAAUUCUACUAAAUGUGACAUCAUUAAAAAUGGUUUUACACCAUCAGCUUCAGAUAAUUCAAUUAUUAUGUUGAAUGACAUACCUGGGCCAUCAUCAGUAAUAGGAUCAAACUGUAUAUUGAAUAAUUAUAACCUUCCAAAUAAUACAAACUCGGUUAAUAUCGAUGACUCUCUUGAGAACAAAGGUAAAAAAAUUCAAGAAAAAGUUAAAUCAGUUUUAUGUGUUAUAACAUUAGAUUGAAUCAUUUAUUUAAUUUAUUAUUAAUCUUAAAUUGUAUACAAUACAUUAAUUUUUUUCCUGUUAAAAUGUAUGU